UUCCACUAUACUUCAGCUUGGCAGCCUUGGUUCCUUCUGUGUAGUCGAGAAGAAGGCGAGAAUGAUGAGGUUGUGAAGAAGAACUGGCAACCUCAACUCCCAAGUUUUCCUACUUUUGUUGAGGAUUUAAAAUUUAUCGUGGCCUCGCUGAAAAAGAACCAGGAGAUUCAAAGCGAUUAAAAGUGAGGAAAAAUCCACCAAAGCCAUGCCCACGCUGUGAAUACAACAAUGGAUCUAUCUGCAAUGUUGUCCAUCCUCAUCUAUGUUUUCCUACUAUCUGCUGGAACUCUGUGCCUAAAGAUAGAAGAAGGCGCAGGACUCUUUUCAGGUGGUUUCAACUUGCCAUGGAAGGACCAAUUGUGCUAUGACUUACCUUCACCACAGGAGGAGGAGGGUGGUGGCCCACCGCAACCUGAGAAAAAACAUUCCGAAUCAAAACUCUCACAACACCCUCACUGCUACUUCAGGAGUAUUUCAACAGGAUCAAGCCUUGAUAAAUGGGCCUCAGGCGGUACCUGUUUAAACAUGCUGUGCAGGAUUGAUGAAAAUUGGGAAACUUUGAUUUGUGAGUUGGGGGUUCCCAGACUUCCUUCAGGCGCUUUGAACUCUGUUCUCGUUGCAGUUGGUCUAGAGCGCUUAAUGAGCCCCAAAAAUAAUACAGCAAUCACCUCCAUGAAUAUGGAAUCAAAUGAACCUGUUUUCUGUGAGACACAGGAUUCCUGUAAGUGGUCAAUUCCAAUUGGCUCUGAAAGUUUAGUUACUGUUGUAACUGUCAACAUAUCCGGCUGUGAAGCUGGACAAGUUCUACUGAACACACCAUCUCGGCCUGUGAAACCCAGAAUUCCUGUCAACCUGUCACAUUUCCAGACCAUCAAGCCAGAACUAAUUUUACAGUGGGACGAACCAAAAGACCACGGUUCUGGCCCUUUAAGAUAUGAGGUCCGGUACAGAAUUCACACUCACCCUUCUUGGCAGGUGGUUUCCACAGGGCUUGAGCGCAGGCUGGUUCUUGAUCUGAAGCCUGAAGUCAACUACACCAUGCAGGUUCACUGCUCGGGCCUGCAUGAGCGUCCAUUAUGGAGCAACUGGAGUGAACCGUAUCACAUAUACCUUUACAAGGUGACAUACAUUCCUCAACAUGUUGUGGCUCAUCCUGGGGAGAACGUCAGCGUUUAUUGUGUGUUCAAUGACCUCAGCAUCAGUGCCAACUCUGCCAAGUGGGUACUAAACCACGACCAGUUUCUCCCUUCCAGCCAGUAUUACGCAGUUAACCAACGGGUCAGCCAUAUUACAUUACAGCCAUCAGACUUGGAGAUGUACCACGUGCUGCAAUGUGCAAAGGAGCUAUCUCAUAGCAACAUCUAUCUGGAAGGAGCCUCCAUCGACAUCAAAUGUCAAACUAAUGGGGAUGUGGAUGCUAUGAAUUGUAGUUGGAAAGCCCCGUUAUGGAGAAUAAAGCAAACAUUGAAGUUCACAUGGGCUCACUUACCCUGUGAUCAAAUGGAGAGAGAGAGUAUGGGUGAGGAAGUUGGAGAGAUGUGUUCUGAAUAUCCCCAGAGUGGAUCCAAGAUAGAAACCUGUAAAAUCUACCCUUUACGGAUGAGUUGCCACAAACUAUGGCUAGAGAUUCUGUACCAUCAAAGCCCUAUCAGAUCCAAACCAAUUUACAUAUCACCUCAAUAUCAUGUAAAGCCCCACGCACCAACUGAAGUAAAGGCAGAGAAUCUGAAAAGUGGCUUCCUGAAUAUAACGUGGAAGCCACCACAUUUGUAUGUGGACGAGCUCCAGUGUCGAUUCCGACUCAACUCUGCAGCUCCGCCAGAGUGGAAGCUCUAUGGUCCAGUGACGAAAUCGUCGGCAGUGGUUCCACUUCCGGAUCCAGACAUAUGCAAGAUUUAUACAGUUCAAGUAACGUGCAAGCCCAAAAACCUUACUGGCUACUGGAGUGACUGGAGCGACUUUGUCUACUCUAAACCCCCGAACAGUAGCGAUGGUCAGCUCACAAACUGUCCAAAUGUUUCAACCAGAGGAGACCCUUCAGCCUACACAACUUUUCUGAUCAUCGCCCUCCUCUCCCUCGCCCUUUUUGUCUCCCUGGUCCUCUCCCAAAACCAGGUCAAACGGUUUGUUUGGAAGGAUGUGCCCAACCCAAAGAAAUGCUCCUGGGCAAAAGGGCUCAACUUUAAGAAGGCUGACACCUUGUUCCAGCCCUCAGAUGUAAUGCCAGCCUGGCCACUGCUGCUUCCCUCAGAGAACAUUUCCAAAGUGGUCAUUAUGGAAAAGGGUAAUCUCUCAGUUCUCAGCAAGGCCUUGGUCCAAAGCCCACUCAUGUCCCCGACUCAGGACAUAGUUUCCCUUCGUUCAUUUCUUGAUGGGAACCAAAACAUGUCAGUGGGCAGUGAGGCCCUCUUGGUUGGCAUUCCCCAUUCAGUCCUAGCUUUGGAUAGUUCAACCACUUCCAGCGCACAGCUCGAUGAGCUGCAGCUUGUCGAUCCCUCACCAAGUAUCACGGAAAAUUCAGCCCAGUCUUCCGUUACGUAUGCCUCAGUGCUGAUCACUAAUCCAAAGCAGGAGCAAGAGACCAUUCGUCCUCAUGAUCGAGACGGCAGCGGCAGUAGCUCCACCGACGAGGGCAAUUUCUCUGCCAACAACUCAGACAUUUCCGGAUCCUUCCCUGGUGGCCUGUGGGAGCUUGAGAGCUGCAAUGGUGCAGAGAUAGAAGACCCGCGUGGAUCCUGCUCCUACAACUCUGUGGAAGAACUUUUUGAAACGUCAGAUCAAGAAGAUGCGACAGAAGAGAAGGGCUUCUUUCUGGGAAUGGACUAUGAAGUUAAGGAUGAGGUGGGAGAGGAAGAGCAGAAAGAAGUGCUGUUGAAAACUAUUAUUAUGAACAGCGAUGACUGCUCAGUGGAGUCGAACCUUACGCCCACUGAGCUGCUUUCUACAUCUACUUGCGACUUCUCGCCACUCUACAUGCCCCAGUUCAGAACUGCUCCCUACACCAGGCAAAUGCCUGAUUGAGAAAAACAAACUCCUGUGGUUUGCACAGUGUUCCACAUUACAGUCUUUGUGUUGUGAACUGCAUCAUCAUCAUCACUAAAGACUUACAAAUGGAAAUCAGUUCCAGCAGAUUUAAAAUGACAUUGAAUGUCAAACUGCGUCAAAAAGCUUUAAUGGCGUGUGACUCCACAGUGACCUUCAUCAGUGCUGCUAUAUCUUUGUUCAGUGCAAGGCAAAGACCCUCUGUAAAGGUUACUUUUAAGCCCACAUAGAAGAUGGUGUUUCGAAAGCCAACCUCACCAGUGGACUGAGGUCAGUUUCACCUGGGAACGGUGGAGGGAGUGCCCCCACAGCAUAGGCCUUCCUCUUACAGUGUCUCUUAUAUCUAAAGGUAGUCUCAUCCUCCCUAAUACACUUUGUUGCCAAGCAGAGAAGGUUUGUGUGUUGUAUGCACACUGCUUUUAUAUAUUUAAUAUAUAUAUACUAAUAGAUUAAAAAAAACUACUGUAUGCUCGCAAAAAGAUUGAGGCCAGACCCUUGGUCUCUCCGUAUGUCUUGUGAAGUUUCUGUUAAAACAUUCAGACAACUUUUGUUUUGACCAGAUUAUUAUAUUUUAAUACUUGCCAAAGCACUGUUAAAUUACAGUAGACAUGAAGACAUGCUCAUUGUUAUGACUGCGCUCAUACUCAUAGAUCCAAAUUUUAGCCUGGCCCAUCUGUAUCUCUACAGAGAUGUUACAACGGUUACUGAUGAGGGUAUGUAAACUCAGGUAAUGUUCUGAAUACAACAUGAAUGAGGGUCAAACAAAGAGAAAAGAAUGCUGUCAAUUCAUAGAUUCUGUGGACACAACUCACGUCAGACAGAUGUCAUUGUACGCUGUCGUUUCUUGUAAAUAAAACUUGCAAACAAUAGACGACGAUUGAAAAAUGAGCUGUGUUGUAACAUGCCUUUUAUUAUUAUAAUCAGAUUGUUACAGUGUUCUGAUAAAGUGUCAAAUGUGUUUAAAUCAGAAAAAUUGAAUCGGUGAAAAUACUGAAAUAUGAAUAACUUGUUGCACAUUGAUAUAUUUUGUCUAUUUUUCGUUGUUCGUGAAAAUAAAUUAUUUGUU